AUGGCCGUGAGAGAAGCUUCUCAUGCUGGCUCGUGGUACUCCGGCCAUGGUCGACAGUUAUCAGCUCAACUCGAUCAGUGGCUGUCCCAAGUGCCCGAGGCAGCCAUCAUCCCUGGCGUUGACGGCCUGCCAGUACCGGGAGCGAGAGUCGUUAUAUCUCCCCAUGCAGGAUACGCAUACUCUGGUCCUUGUGCAGCGUGGGCCUACAAGUGUCUUGACCUGUCCAACGCAAAGCGCAUCUUCAUCCUCCACCCAUCCCAUCACCAUCACUUGACCACGGCUGCGCUGCCUGUUGUACACGCCUACGAAACUCCCCUCUCCGAAACGCCUCUUCCCCUCGAUCGGGAGACCAUCGAGGAGCUGUCCGCCCUCUCGACGAUUAUCCAGGGUCGCACUAUCAAGUUCACCACCAUGUCCCAGGCGGUGGAUGAAGCAGAACACAGUGCUGAAAUGCAAUUGCCAUACAUCCACCACCUCCUUCAGAAGCUACACCUUGAUAAGCCCGAGUCGUCGUACCCUCCCCUCGUCCCCAUCAUGGUUGGCGGCACGAACCCUGCAACAGAAGCUGCUUUGGGAAGGAUGUUAGCUCCAUACAUCGCGGAUGAAAGCAACGCAUUCGUCAUCUCGUCGGAUUUUUGCCACUGGGGGAGUCGAUUUGGCUACACCUACUACCUCCCAGACGCACCUAGCCCGGCCUUGUCUCCACUGAUGCUUCCAAAUGGGGCACGAGGAGAGUUCACCACAGCCAAAGGGUCGGUCAAUGAGGACGUCCACAAGGUUCCCACUUUGGGCCACGGUCAACAUCUCGGCUCAAGGAGUCGGGUUUCAAAAGGGGGACCACAGAUACACGAGAGCAUCGCUCACGCUGACAGAGCGUGUAUGAGUGCCAUUGCCACGGGACAACAUUCAGAGUUUCUUCGUGUGCUCAAAGAAACCGGCAACACCGUGUGUGGCCGACAUCCUAUAGGUGUCUUCAUGGCUGGCCUUGAAGAGGUGGAGCGACAAAAAGGGGGUGAAUCCGCGGAACACCGACGGUUCAGGUUCAUGCGAUACGAACGCAGCAGCGAUGCCGAGACUAUUGGGGACAGCAGCGUCAGCUACGUGAGUGCUUUUGCCAUCCUCUGA